ACUAUGAUCAUCUAUAUAAUGCCUAUUCUAAGAUUUAUAUUCUCGUUUAUUAAAACAAAACCAUAAACUAUGUCCAGCUAGUCUAGUAUUCUUUGCGCAUGUUGGCGCCAUUUUGUCAUCUUUAUGACGUUUCAAAAUUACGUACGUCAGUUUGACUUCCGGAAGAAUAAUGUGAAAAUGGGGGUACCAGAAAUUACUCUAACAGAGGAUAAAAGAUGUUUACUUUCAAAGGUGUCAUCUGGAAUAUGUCUUGCCACAAUUCCUUUUAAUUUCAUAAUGCUGGCUAUGGGAAUUUACAUUGAGCUUGCUGUACAAGACAAAGUUGGGCUCAUAGAAGGAAGUCGUAACGCCUUACCUGCGUUUAUGGUUAUUUUAUCGUUUUUUGGACUGAUAGGAAAUGUUUUAGGUGCACGCGUGUGCUGGGUUAUACAAAACCUAAAGAGGAGGGAAGCUUGGAAAAAAUAUCUCACAAUAUUUGUAUAUAUUUCUUUGGUAAUAUUUGUGUGUGUAUUUGUUUCAUCCAUGCUUUGUUUUGCAAGCAUUGCUUCACUGCGCAAAUUAUUUGGAAAAGGAAUAUUAACUUCCAUGAAAAAGUAUUCCACAGACAUGCAUAAAAAGCAUAUCAUUGACGUGUUACAAAUCCAGUACAAGUGUUGUGGUUCCAAUGGAUACACAGAUUGGUUCAAUUACAAAAUUGUUUCAAAGAAAUAUCUCAACGAUGAUUAUAUGACAAAAGAGGAACAAGAAACAUUCAACAAGUAUGAUGACAAUGUCCCAUUCAGCUGCUGUAGCCUCAAAGUCUUAAGACCAUGCAUCAACACCAGGGUUCAUGAGACCCACUUUAAGUAUAACUACGCCAAUGACCUGACUGUGUAUAGGAGAGGCUGUGGAGAUGCAUUGAUGAAAUCGUACAAAAACAUACUGAAUGCCUCGGGAGCUAUCAUUGUCAUCCUGGCAUUAAUUCAGUUGGCCCUUGCAACUGGAACACGACUGCUGCAGACAGGAAUAGAAAACCUGAAGGAGGAGGAGGAUUCAACUGCCUAUCUAUUUCCUAGUGGCGCUAAAGGAGGAAAAUCAGGAGGGAAAGGGAAGGAUGAUGAAACACAGAAUCUGUUGGGAGGUGGUGAUUUACCUGAUGAUGAUAUUGAAACACAGAAAACAAUACUGGGCGAAGAUUUACCUCCUCCCCCAAUGACAAUGCUAGCCAGCCUCCAGAACCUGCCCCCUGUGGGAAGUAUAGACGACUUGUCAGUGGAUGAGUCGUUUGAUGAGGUGGAAGACGACGAAGACUACAUUCCACCAAGACAUUCUGUCAGAUAUGUCAAUGAAAUGUAGCAUUAGAAAUGUAUUGGUAGUCAUUGAAAAGCUGCUACCACUUCAAUGAUGCUUAACAAAUCACAAGGUCAAUCCCCAUGCCCUAUAGUUAUACAUUUACAAGCGAGCAAAAAAAAAAUUGUCAGUUACAUGUAUCAAGCCCUAUUUGUAAUUUGAUUCUUGGCAAAACUAGUUUUUCUUUAAGAGUAUCGGGUAAUUUUAUAGUACAAAGUACUAAUAAAUGUCAUUCUGUUGAAUUGCCUUCAAUCCCAAAAUUCUUUAAUCGACUUUCGAGGUACAUAUUUGAUAAAUCAACAUUCUUCUCAUUAUAUUGUAUUCAUGGCCUUGAUUGAUCACUGUUAUAUAUUUGUUUUAAUUUUUGAAUAUACCUUAUUUAAGAAUUUCAUGUUAGAUUUAUACAUAUGAAGUUUUAAUAAAUUAUCACAAAAACUUUUUCUUACGAAUACUAAAUGGCAAAAGUUUUUCAAAGCUUGGAACCCCGCCCAUUAAUCUCAUCUGUCUCUUCCUUCCCUCCUAACUGAUCACUAUUGAGGAUCAACAUCCAAGGUUCUUUAAACUGAACCUGAUGGUUCCAUGUGUCUCAUGACACCAUAUGAAGGAUGAGCGAUUAUAU